AUGAAUGGCUUAGUCUGGAAUUGCAGGGGAGCAGCUAAGAAGCCUUUUAAAUCUACCUUGAGGAACUUCACAAAAAAAUACAAAGUAGGUUUGGCUGCUAUCCUUGAGCCCAUAAUCAGUGGUGCAAUAUCUUUGCGUAGAAUUAAUCAGCUAGGAUUCAAAUCCUAUUUGAUUGAAGAUGCUAUUGGUUACAUGGGGGGUAUUUGGUUGCUUUGGAAUAAAGAUCAAUUCUCAAUUGAGCUCAUUGAAAAGUCUAAUCAACUUAUCCAUGUUAACUAUUUUGACAGCAAUGGUAUGAAUUUUGUUCUAACUGUGGUCUAUGCCAGCCCCAGAGAAGAGGUGAGACAAGACCUUUGGAAGGACCUCCGUAGAAUAAGCAGUAAUUUAUCUAAGCCCUGGAUGGUAAUGGGUGAUUUCAAUGAGAUCAUGUAUGCUAGGGAGAAAAAAGGGGGUAUUCCUGUGAAUCUGUCCAGAUGUCUCAACUUUGUUGGAGUUCUUGAUGGUUACAAUCUGAUGGAUAUUGGUUGUGCAGGCUCUAAAUUUACUUGGAGAGGUGCUAAAUGCCUCCACCUGGAGAGAGUUUUUAAAAGGCUAGAUAGAGUGUGUGCUAAUGCUUCGUGGAGAACCAUCUUUGGAGAAGCCAAGGCUCGUACUCUUCCUAGAUUGAACUCUGACCAUAACCCAAUUCUUCUAUCUCUCUACCCUACUGAGUCUAAUUGGAGGGAAAGGCCGUUCAGAUUUUUGGCUGCUUGGCAGGACCAUGUUAAUUUCAUUCCUUUCCUCAAAUCUACCUGGAAUAUAAACUCCAAUAUUUUUGCAGCCCUGACCAAUCUGGUUGCUCCUCUCAAGGAUUGGAAUAUAAAUGUUUUUGGCCACAUCCAAACAAAAAAAGAGGACCUCAUCAACAAGCUUCAGAAGGCUUAA